UCGAAGCAAUUGGAGGGCUCUGCGUAAGAGAAAGCCAAUGGAUAGCUGUGGAAACGACAAGCACGGGAUAGGAAACGCACAACCACGCACACACGCAUGCAAACGCACAAACAUUAAAACACACGCGCCUAGUGCUUGUACAAACACACACACAUACACAUAUAUAAAUUGAAAGCAAUACACGACGUGUGAUGCUGUCUCUGCAGCGCAACGCUACUCCGCUAAAGUGUGCGGGUGUGAUGGUACGAGGCUUCAGAACAAUGAGAUGACUGUUGUGGUGUCACCGUGAGCAGCGAUAAUGCUUUUAUUAGGACAUACGGGAAUUGAUUUCUUUGGGGGCUGCAUGCUGGUGUCCGCCCGAGGACCUCCGUCAGACGUCCUUGGCAAGUCGGCAGGGAAUGUGCAAAGUGCGCGAAGGGGCGAUCGCGUAAAAACAGUCGCUAUAGCUUCACACAACAAAAAAAUGGCAUCAGUCAAAUUAACGCGAAUCCCUCCUCUGAGGAUCUCCUGGUGAACCCCACGGGAAACACUUAAUGAAAACCCAGCGGACACGGGGGCGAUCUCUUGCACUAAAGUGCCGCACCGCAACCUUUCCGUCUCCCCUACGGAAUGCGGAGACAUUGCGAAUACAGUCCUGGUUUUAUCCCGUUUGUAUGAUUGCGUUUUAUUUAGAGGAAUCAAACGGCGAAGGUGACGUCUCUUUCUCUUUUCUUUUUUUUUGGAAAAUAUAUUUAUUCUUACGAAGCUUCGCAACUGCAUUUCGCAAGUAGAAAAUCUAUCGGCAAUGGCACGAGUAUCUUCCGUCAUUUUGCAUUAUGCAAAAUUAAGUGUAUGCUCAAUUGACAUUUCAAUGUCUUGUGUUGGGUAUUGACUAUCAGCCGUUUUGGUAUGCGCAUGAGAAAAGUGCUUCCUUUGCUUCACGGAAAAGACACAGGGAUUUAUUUUAAGGGGUAGAAAUAGGCGGUUUUAUGGGCAGUUCGCUCGCGCGUUCUUUCCUCUGUCCAUGGUGCUUGUUUUCCCGGAAUGGUCGAGACACUGAGCAUCGCAGUGAUCGGUGCCCCCGGAGUUGGGAAAACUUCCAUCAUCCGCCAGUUUAUUUAUAAUGACUUUUCCGAGGUUUACACGCCCACCCAGGCCAGGUACGUCUACCGGCCAUCGGUCAUUCUGAACGGCAACAUGUACGACCUGAAGAUUUUGGAUGUCCCGCCAAUUUCCUCUUUCCCCUCCAGCACCAGCCAGGAGUGGAUGGACCUGCGCUGCCGAGGUGUCCGCAACGCCAAUGCCUACAUCCUGGUUUACGACAUCUGCUGCGUGGAGAGCUUUGAGUAUGUCAAGAUGAUCCGGCAGCAGAUCAUGGAGCACAGGGAGGCCAGCGGUAGUGAAGUGCCCAUCCUGGUGGUGGGCAGCAAGCGCGACCUGCAGCGGCAUCGCUUCACACCGCGGCGGGCCGUCUCUGUGCUGGUGAAGAAGACAUGGAAGUGCGGCUAUGUGGAGUGCUCAGCCAAGUUCAACUGGCACGUCGUGCUGCUCUUCAAGGAGCUGCUUGGCAUUGCCGUGGCUCGUGGCCUGCGCCAGAACCACACCUCCAUCCGCCUGCAGGGGGCACUGCAGCGCAACCGCUGCUCUGUCAUGUGACCUCCAGCAAUGGGCAUCGUCAAUCAGAAGAGCUGGAAAACACCCAGAGGCCUCCUCACUGCACCAGUCCCCCACUCCACCUUGCCGGAGUGCCAUCUUGCUACGCUCAAGCAGACUUACAGACACACUGUUGCACUAAUGGCUCCUACCCUGUC